UUAAUAAAUAAGUUAAGUUAUGUCUACGCUACAGUUUUUACUUUUGAGCUGCUUGCUUUGCUCAAGCGGCGCUAAUGAGGCUGGACUGGUGGUUAAGAUUGGCGCCAUUUUCUUUGAUACGGAAAUGAAAUUAGCUGAAGCCUUCGACAUGGCAGUGGAGGAAAUAAAUUUGCAAAGCACAGAACUCAAUUUGGAGCCCGUCAAACACUUUGUAACAAUCGAUGAUAGCAUUUUGCUGCAGGAUAUAACUUGCGACUUGAUUGGAAAUGGUGUUGCCGCUAUUUUGGGACCAAGUUCAAAGGCAAGCAGCGAUAUUGUUGAAGUGUUGUGCAAUAUGACGGGCAUACCACAUCUGCAAUUCGAUUGGCAUCCACAGCCAAGUGCAAGGGAUCGCUAUAAUCACAAGUUGACUGUCAAUGUGGCGCCAUCGGAGCUGGUAUUAUCCAUGGCAUUAUACGAUAUAUUGCGUAGCAAGGCCUUUGACUGGAAAUCGUUCACUAUAGUGUAUGAAAAGGAUUCGCAUCUCGCACGUCUCCAGCACAUUCUUGCUUGGAAGCAACUGCAUAAGACUGGCAUAAAGCUGCAAGAGUUUGAACGUGGCGAUGACUAUCGCGUGCUCUGGAAACGCAUUAACAAUGGGCGUGAAAAGUUUGUGCUCUUGGACUGUCCCACAGAUAUAUUAACCGAUGUGAUCAAUGCUUCCAUAUCAUUCAAUAUGACAGGCUCCUUCAAUCAUUUAUUUAUAAACAAUCUGGACGCGCACAUAAGCGGCAUCGAACGCUUCUAUUCGCGUGAGUUUACCGUCGCCAUUGCCGCAGUCAGAAUACGCACCUAUAUGCCAUUGCCCGUGCAUGAUGAGAUCGAUGUGUUUCAUAGCGAAACGGAAGAGCGGUUCGUUUCAUUGGCCUCGCAGCUCAUCUAUGAUGCCAUUGUGCUGCUCUUUAACGCAUUGCAGCAGCUGAAUCAGCAGCCGGGUUUCUAUACGCCGCAAUUCAGUUGCGGACGCGGCUUCUGGCAGCCCGGACCGCAUCUAGUGCAGCAGAUGAAGCAGAUUACAGCCAAGCAGGUGAGGCCGCCUUAUAAGACGCAGCGCUUGCAAAUUACACCGGAUGGUCAGCGCGAGGACUUCAAUCUGGAAAUCUAUAAUCCGCUGAUAGAUUUGGUUACACAUAUUUGGAAUAAAGACUAUCAGCUGGUGAGCUUUGACAAGAUCAAGGAGAAUUCUACGCAAGCUUUGAAGCAGCGACGUCUGGAGCUUAAGGAGGAUUUCUCGCAGAAGCCUGUGCGCUAUACUGUGGCCACACGUGUGGGCAAGCCCUACUUUAGUUGGCGCAAGGAACCCGAGGGCCAGCACUUUGAGGGCAAUGAACGCUUUGAGGGCUAUGCGGUGGACUUGAUGUACGACCUGGCCAAGAUAUGUAAAUUCGAUUUUGUAUUUGAGCCAGUGAGGGAUAAUAAAUAUGGCAGCUAUGAUGCGGCCAGCGAUGAGUGGGACGGCAUAAUUAGGCAGCUAAUUGAUAAUAAUGCACAGAUUGGCAUUUGCGAUUUGACCAUAACGCAGGCUCGUCGCUCCGUCGUGGACUUUACGGUGCCGUUUAUGCAGCUGGGAAUUAGCAUUUUGGCGUAUAAGGAGCCACCACCAGCUGCGGAUGCGUAUGCGUUUCUGCGUCCCUAUGGCAUGGACGUUUGGCUUUACGUUAUGGUUGCCAUGUUAAUUACCGCAAUGGUGCUCAUACUGGCUGGACGCAUGGAUCCAUACGAAUGGGAGCAGCCCGUAUUGAAUGAGCGCAAUGAACAGGAGCGCGAGAACACUUGGCACUUGCAUAAUACCAUGUGGCUGGUCAUGGGCUCGAUAUUGAAUCAAGGCUGCGAUCUGUUGCCCAGAGGCUUAUCAAUGCGUCUGCUCAUUGCCUUUUGGUGGAUCUUUGCGCUGCUUAUAUCGCAAACUUAUAUUGCCAACUUGGCUGCCUUUAUUACCUCCUCGAAGAUUACCAACAGCAUCAACUCGCUGCACGAUCUGGUGGAUCAGAAUAAAGUGCAGUUUGGCACUAUACGCGGUGGCGCUACCUCGUUGUAUUUCUCCGAGUCCAAUGAUACGGAUAAUCGCAGAGCCUGGAACAAAAUGUUAACUGUUAAGCCAGAUGCAUUUACCAAAAACAAUGAAGAGGGCGUGGAUCGCGUUAAGCUCAGUCGUGGCAGCUACGCUUUUCUAAUGGAAACCACCAGCUUGCAGUAUUACGUUAAACGUAACUGCGAACUAACGCAGCUGGGCGAAAGUUUCGGCGAGAAGCAUUACGGCAUAGCAGUGCCAUUCAAUGCUCACUUUCGUUCCAACCUAAGCGUGGGCAUUUUAAAGCUAAGCGAAAAGGGCGUGCUGUAUAAUCUACGCAACAAAUGGUUUAAUUCCAACAUAACCUGUGAUAAUGCCGGACCCGCCAACGAUGCCGAUCAGUUCGAUAUGGAUGCACUGGGCGGACUUUUUGUGCUGCUUAUUGUGGGCGUGCUGGUGUCCAUUUUAAUUGGCAUCAUUGAGUUUAUUUGGCAUGCGCAUUGCAUUGCACUCAAGCAACAGAUAAGGCCCAUGCUGGCUUUGAAGGGUGAGUUCAACUUUCUUGUGCGCUUCUGGCUCAGGCGCAAGCCACUGCAAACAUAUCGUGUGAGUCGAGAUUCCACCUCCACGGGCUACUCAUCGCUUGAGCAGGUGUCCAGCAGUUCGACGGUAAAGAAGAGGCGGAAAAAAUCGAAAAAAAGCAGCGAGUAAAC